AUGAAUCCUUCUAACACUGCAACUAAUUCCGCGUCUCAGCAACCGAACUCUGUCGCACAACAACCAACUGUAUGCACUAAUGUCACUCAACAACCCACUGGUGUAGGUGGCAUUUCUGUACCACAAGCUCCAUGUUUUGGUCGCGGCCGAGGCCAUGGUUUCGCAUCAGGUGGUCCCGGAUUAUUUGAAAUUUCUCCAGAAGGCGAAGUCCUUCAUGAAGGAAUACCACAAAGUAAAGAACUUGAACAUCUUGCACAAUUAAAAGAGAUUGCAUCCGAACAUGCUCGUCAGGAGUCUUUUGGUGCUUAUGGAAUUCCUAAAGGCAGUGCUGCUAGUCUAGCUCAAUCUGCGAUGGGUAAAUACGCGACCGCCAUUAGUGAAGAAACUGGUAUUCCACCAUUAUCGGUUCAGGGUAUGGUUGCGCCCGCAAACACGGUCAAUGAAGAUGAACUAGUUAAAGAACUUAAGGAGGAAGCAGAGAAAAGACGCAUAUAUGAAACGACAUACAUGGGACGUGUUCCUGCAGUUGGACCUGCAAAUAAAGUCGCCGAAGCUGCCGAAAAACUCGAACACGUGGUAAAAAUUGAUAAAGGUGAAGACAUUUCACCUACUGCCCAAUAUCGACAGUCUAAAGUCAAUAAUAACCGUUCCAGAGCUAUAAUUACUGCUUCUAUUUCUGAAGAAGGUGAGCUACUUCAUGAAGGUAUUGCACAUAGUAAAGAAUUGGAACACCUUGCUCAAUUGAAAGAAGUUGCUGCGGAGCAUGCUAAGCGUGAAGGGACAGCGGCUGGUGUUCCUCGUGGAAGUACUACCUCAGUUGCCCGCAUGGUUUCCCGCACGGGCCGUCCCGUCGAUGAGCAUAAAUUGGCGGAAGAACUGAAGGAAGAAGCAGAACAACGUGCAGAUUAUGAGAUGAAGGUUUUUGGUAGCGUUUCGCCCACGGGUCCAGCGGCAAAGGUUGAGGAAGCCGCAGAAAAACUAGCACAAGUUUUAAAACUCGAUGAAAUUCAAGUUCCCUCAAAACAAGAUACAAGUGUUCCUAGUCAAACAGUGACUGAUACUUCAUCCGAACGAUCACAAGAAAGUUCUGAAACAUCCGUUCAACAAACUCAACAACAAAAUGUUUCUUCAUUGCCUCAAACUACUGUUGAGGGACCGCAAGUUAAUAAAUAA